AUGCGCGAGGCGAAACCCUACAAAUGCACACAAUGCGUUAAGGCUUUCGCCAACUCGUCGUAUCUCUCGCAACACAUGCGAAUUCACUUGGGCAUCAAACCUUUCGGACCGUGCAAUUUUUGUGGGAAGAAGUUCACUCAGCUCUCACACCUUCAACAACAUAUCAGAACGCAUACCGGAGAAAAACCAUAUAAGUGCAAGUUCACCGGAUGUGACAAAGCGUUCUCUCAGCUGAGCAACCUGCAGUCCCACUCCAGAUGUCAUCAGACGGACAAGCCCUAUAAGUGCAAUAGUUGUUAUAAAUGCUUUACCGAUGAGCAAGCGCUGCUGGAGCACAUCCCGAAGCAUAAGGAAUCAAAGCACCUCAAAAUUCACAUUUGCCCGUUCUGCGGAAAAUCGUACACCCAAUCGACGUAUCUUCAGAAGCACAUGACGAAGCACGCGGAUAGGUCUUCAAAGUCUUCGUCUUUCGCAAACGACGUGCCCUCGGAUCACUUCGAUCCGUCAAUUUUCAAUUGGAAUUCAAUGCAGAAUGCGAACGAAGGGAAUGCUCACGAAUCGGCGUCGUUCAACACGAUAAGCAAACAACUCGAUUCGAUUCGAGCGAGUCAGGAGACGUUCGAUCCGUUCAACGCCAAUUCGAUGAUCAAUUCGGUGUCCGGUGCUCAUUCGUCGCCAUAUGCGAGCAGCGCGUUGCAGAGUAGUGCCUUCACGCAGCUAUUCAAUUUCCGCAACCAACGAUAUCUGCCAGAGUAUCCGGCGACGAAAACAAAUGGAGAACGGACGGCUGGGUUUAACAUGAUCACACCUCUGGAGAACAUCCAACGCUACAAUGGCAACUCGAACACAGCGUCGACGAACACAGCGGCGGCGACAGCGGCAGCGGCCGCUUCGUCAGCAUCCACGACGAGUCAGCCCUUCAAUCCACAAUCAAUUAUCAACACAAUGAAAACGACCAACUACCAAUAA